AUGGAUGACCUCGCUCCUGAGCUGAAGGACAGGAUAGUCUGGUUUGCAUCUAGCAACCACGCUGACGUUUCAGCACUGUCUCUCAUCAAUCAUUCUUUCUUGCAUCCUUCUAGACGCCAUGGUCAUCGAACUCUGCGCAUCAAAGACAGUGUCAUCCCACUGGGUCCAUACGACAUUUACACUCCUGGUCGACAGGCAUACUUGGCCAAGUGUAAUCGGCGAACUCCCAGAUCACUCGCUCGCGCCCUGCAAGAGGACUUUCCUCAAGUCGGAGAGUAUGUUCAUCGCAUCAUCUUUGAUACGACGUACUUCCAGACUGCGGACGUGCUCGCGAUGUAUGACCUCAUUGAUGAGCUCCCUCGACUGAGCGAGGUUGUUCUCGAAAACACCGACCUUAGUUUUUUUACGACAUCGCUGUGUACACUUCUCAGCGCUGUGGAUGGAAUAUCAACGCUGGUACUGAGAUCGUGCUGUGUUGAUACCAAAUCCUUGAAUAUUCUGAUGAACAGUGCAUUGAUCAUCCUCUUAGCAGAAUGCAUCCUCACGUACCAUGAUUUAGCGUUGGACCUGCGGGUUCUUGGUCUCUCGUGCUGCAACGAAUACAACAUCGUCAUGGCAGACUUGAAACCUGAAACGUUAGGCGCCAUUUCCAAACUGCAGAGUUUGACUAUUGGUGCAAGGACAGUGGGAUGGGAAGGAGAGGCUCUUGCCUAUGAAUGGUUCGGAGGGCUGCAGUUUCAAACCUUGCGAUUCCUGACGCUUCAUGUUCAUCACGAGGUCGACGCAGACGUUGUUGAGAUAUUGCUGCUUAACUGUGGUUGUAUCACAGAGCUUGCAGUCCAGUUAUCUACCUUUCAGACAUUGAGGCAUUCUACUGGAAGACACAAGCUGAACCUUUCCCGACUUAUCAACUUAACCAGUCUUGCUGUGACAGUCGAGGGUCAGGAUGCUUUUAACUUCUUUCUGCAUUCUCUAGGCACGCUUCCUCGGCCUUCUUUGCUUGCUGUCGACUUGGUGUUGGUGUAUAGUCCUAAAGACUGGCCCAAACCAAUGUCGGAGAGCGCCAAAAGCAUGGACAACACGCUGUGCAAGCUAAUUGAUUCGGGUCGGUUUGAAAGGAUGAUUGUGGGAUUCUGCCGCAAUCAUAGCGGCCGACAUGUAGAAACAUUAGCCAGAGACUUCAUUAACAAUGGUCUGCGGGAGCUGAAGGCUAAAGUGGGGGGGAGACUUCUUACUGAACAAAACCAUAUGCACGCUUUGGUUCGCUUUUCCGUUGACAGCGAAGGCCAUCUGUGGCGCAUGGAGGAUAACAUGCACCUAUGCACUGACAAUGCCAUUUCUCGACUUACCCACUUAUAUUUGGAGACGCCCUCUUUUCCAUUUGAAUGUGAGGCAACGAAGCUGGACUGGCUGAAACGGAUCACCUUUCCCGAGCUCCAGGUCCUACAAAUCAGCAUAAGCUAUGAUUUUUGGUUGGACGAUGUACAGCUCCUGUUAGAACGUGCAUUUGAGGUAAACCAUUUAAUACUCAAUGUGUGUCCUUAUCAUUGCAUCGAAAACAGAUGCGCAGAACAUGCUAGUGACCACAGCAGAUGUCUCCUCUCUUUGGCCAAUCUUGGUCGUCUGCAGUCCUUGUCAAUUAUCACAGGAAUACGCGCACUGAAAAUGGUAGAGCGUACUCUUGGUACUCUUUCCAAGGUACCAUUGUGGAUGCUCAGCCUUGAGUUUGCGUAUUUUACCAAGAGAUGGUCACAAGGAUGGGUAGAAGAACUUCGAGGCGUGGAUGAGGCCAUCAUUAGUGCCAUAGACCUGGAGAGGCUAGACUGCAUGAAGGUGUUCAGUCAUAUGCACGACGGAUCGGAGGAGUCGUUCUUGUGUGCACCCUCGGUAAUGGCUACUCAAAUUCAUCCGAUACACUUCCUUGUCGCAGUGGCCCUCUGGGUAAUACCCUUUGACCUACUGCUCCAAGCCGCCGUCAUCGCCUGGAUUGUUCCCUACAUCAUUAACGACCCCAUCUUCGCAGUUUUAACAACUGUGUUCCUUACCUUGGCCCUCAUACGAGUUUGUAUCGCCGCACCCCUCCUAGCUGGACUGCUAGUAGCCCUCCUGUCCCUAAAGUUAGCCUCAGUACUAGUGGUCACACUGCUAGCAUUGACUGACCCAUCCUUCGACGACGAUAACAUAUUGAUGACCGGUCCCGACUACGAGACCGACCUCAACCUGAUUAUCGCGACCCUCGCUGCCCUCACUAUCCUUGCCCUGACCAUCGUAUGGUCACUCCUUACCGCCGGCUAUCACGGAAAAUAA